AUGGACAAGUUAAUUCGACGCCUCGAGGUCAAGCACGAGGGAGGCACGAUCCCGGACCGCUGGAUCAACAAUGACAUCAAGCCGAUCGAGAGCGGGCGGCGCACCUGGGGGUUUUGGACCUUCCACAACUACUGGGUGCUGGUGCAAUCGAAUAUCUCAUCGUAUAUGACGGGUAGCUCGCUGAUCGCGCUUGGGUUGACCUGGUGGCAGGCGAUCAUCGCCAUCGUCGUGGGCAAUAUCAUAGCAACACUGUUGGUCGUCCUGAACUCGGUACCUGGGGCCUACUAUCACUUGGGCUUCCCAGUCGUGAAUCGCUAUGUCUGGGGGAUGUACGGCAGCACGUUUGUGCUGUGGAAUCGUAUCUUGCUAUCAGUUGACGGCUUCCAGGCAUGGGUCGGGGGCGAGUGUGUUUACGUGUGCCUGCAGGCCAUCUGGCCCUCGAUCGAGAGCCGCAUUCCCAACCACAUGCCUGCCUCGACCGGCAUGACCACCGCCAGCUUUGUCGCCUACAUUAUCUUUAUGGUCAUCUCUAUGCCCGUCAUCUACGUGCGCCCGCAUAAGCUUCAGUACUUCUUCUACGUGUCCGCCGCCGUCAUCCUUGUCUUCGAAAUCGUCCUGCUUAUCUGGGCCUUGGCCACCAUGGGCCCCUCGGGCUUUGGAGCCACGAUAUCCUCUACCGCCUCGGGCACCCCCGGCUGGAACAUCGCCUUCGGCAUCAUCAGCACCAUUGGGUCGAUUGCCGCCGGCAUCCUCAACCAGAACGACUACGCGAGGUUUGCCCGCAGGCCCCGUGAUGCCAUCUACGGCCAGCUCUUCAGCUUCCCCGUCUACGCCAUCAGCUGCUCCGUCAUCGGCAUCCUCGUGACGGCCGCCACUCAGAACCGCUACGGCCAAGCGCUUUGGAACCUACCCAACCUGCUGAGUGCCAUUAUCGAGCAUGGCGGUUCGCGCUCGAGGGCCGCCGCCUUCUUUGGGGGUGCGGCACUGGUGGUGAGCCAGAUUGGCGUUAACGUACCGGGCAACGCGCUAUCCGGAGGCUUCGACCUCGCGGCAACAUUCCCCAAGUUUAUCAACAUCCGCCGCGGCGCCUACAUCACGGCGCUCAUCUCGGUUGCGUGCAACCCGUGGAAACUCGUCAACACGGCAACCACCUUCCUGGCCGUCCUGAGCAGCUACUCCGUGUUCCUGGGCCCGAUGACAGGGCUGAUGAUCUCGUCGUACUUUAUUGUCAACCGGCGUCGGAUCAAGGUCGAUGACCUUUAUCUCGGCUCCUCUGGCAGCAUCUACUGGUUCACACUUGGCGUCAAUUGGCGGGCCAUCAUUGCGUGGGUCUGCGGCACCGCACCCUCGCUCCCCGGCUUCGUCGCAUACGUGAACCCCAAGAUCACGGUCCCCGACGGAUUGAUGCACCUGUACUACAUAUGCUUUCUUGUGGGCCUCGCGAUCAGCGCGUUCGUGUACUGCGCUCUGCACUUCUUCUUCCCCGCACGGGCCGUGAAGAACUUUGUGCAAACGGCCCCGUCACCGGGGACGCUUAUGGCGGAGAGUCGCGAGAAGUGGGACAACAGAGACGAGAGGGUCCAUGUGUUUGAGAUUGACGCGACGAAGCUGUAG